CCUGCGUCCAGCAGCACGCCGAUAGACAAACAGAGCUAUUGUUAGCCGAGAAUCAGCAAGCAGGUUGUGUCAGAGUGUAUCCCAUACUCGCCACCCACCACCUACCUGUUGAAUAUUCACACCAUUUAUUUGGCAAGCAGCGAAGGCAGAGUAGCUGUCGAAGAACAUAAAUCCAAGCUGUGGGGCAGGUGAGAAGAGGAAAAGUGUGUCGCGGAAGGAAGGAAAGAAGGAAGUAAAUAUAAGGACAACACGACCAUUGGGCUUGGAACUCAACAGGUUAACUACUUCAAUGGUAUAACAGCGGCUCGGACUUUUUAAUUCAAACGUCGAAAAACACACGAAAGCAUCAAUUAAAAUGCCGUUGGGACCAUGGAGGAAGAAAAGCAAAGCGACGAAGGAGCAUUUGGUGGACAAUGAGGAGGUCGGCGGCGGACACGCAGGUGCAACUGGGAGCUUGGCUAAAUCCGCCGUGAACGGAGCGGGGCUACCGCCUCCACCUGCAAAUCUGCGGCCCAAACUGGUCUUCCACACGCAGCUGGCGCACGGAAGCCCCACCGGCAGGAUCGAGGGAUUCUCCAACGUGAAGGAGUUAUACUCGAAAAUAGCAGACGCGUUUAAUAUAAGCCCACCUGAGAUCCUGUUCUGCACCCUCAACACCCACAAGAUUGACAUGGAUAAGCUGCUGGGGGGCCAGAUCGGCCUCGAGGAUUUUAUCUUCGCCCACAUUAAAGGGAUCAAGAAGGAGGUGGAAAUUUAUAAAUCUGAAGAUGCCCUGGGCCUCACCAUCACUGACAAUGGAGUGGGAUACGCUUUCAUAAAGCGUAUCAAAGAGGGCAGUGUCGUGGACGGGGUGAAGGUGAUCUGUGUGGGCGACCACGUGGAGUGCAUUAACGGACGGAACGUGGUCGGGAUACGGCAUUAUGAGGUCGCCCGCAUGCUUAAAGAGCUGCCCAAAGACAAGUCCUUCACCCUCAAACUGGUCGAGCCGAUGAAGGCUUUUGAAAUGCUUGAGCCCAGGUCAAAAGGCGCCAAACCUCCCAGUGAUAACAAGAUCGGCACAGGGAGGGGGACUCUGAGACUUCGCUCCAAGGGUCCAGCUACUGUAGAAGAGGAGCCAACAGAAUUUGAAGAGAAGGCAGUAAAGAAAGUGGAUGACCUCCUGGAGAGCUACAUGGGCAUCAGAGACACUGAACUUGCUGCUACGAUGGUCGAGGUCGGCCGUGACAAGAAGAACCCGGAUGAAUUUGCCAUGGCGUUAGAUGAAACCCUCGGAGACUUUGCCUUUCCCGAUGAGUUUGUCUUCGACGUCUGGGGUGCCAUCGGAGACGCCAAGCAGGGAAGAUUUUAAGUUUGCUCCUGCCUCCACCACACACACACACACACACACACACACACACACACACACACACACACUUCUUCCCCAACUCGCCUCUUAAUAUCCUCAGAAGCAAACUGGACAAACUUCAACCAGCACAAACUUUGUUCUUAGGCAUAGCUUUGCACUUGGAUGCAAGUCAAGUCGGUUACCAUAUGAAAUUUGAUGUGUUAUCCAUGAUAUUCCAACACUGGACCUGCCUCCUGCAUGCUGAAGAGUUGCUGAUUAAUUCCUGAUGUUGUAUAAACCUUUUGUACACCCCCCUCCCCCCGAGAGACAUGAUCGCUCCAGCUACAUCUUGUUCUUCUUGUCAGAACAGCAUACAUAGUCAACAGUGGUCAAUUACACUGGUUAUGAAAUGAAAUGGUAUGUGCACACUUUAAAUCGCUGUUUAAAUCACACUUUAUAGCUGUGUCAUUUUGAAUAUGCAGAUGUAUCACACAGCUUUUUAUAGACUUUUUUUAUAUGUGGAACUGUUGCUGAUUUUAUAGCAGCAGCAUUGUGUAAUUAGUGUAAUUAUAGUCAUUGUAGCAAUAAUUCUCUCAAGCUACCUUUUUUUUUUUUUUUUUUUUUAAUUUCCCUCCAUCUUUUAAAAUCUUAUAAAUGACCUCACAGGGACGAAAUGUCGGAGCUUCGGCCACGUUCACUUUGGUGAUGUUUGUUUACUUUGUGAUUUUUCUUAAAAACUCUGCUCUGUGCCCUGACACACCAACCCGAUAAUCGGCCGUCGGACAGUCUGGCGAGGUCAGUGACUCGAGUCUGUUCGGUGUGUUCUGUGCCGCCGUCCAUCGGAGGAGCUGUGGGCUUGCAUUUUGGCUGACCUGACUUGCUGGGUCGGAGGCCGGGCAGUCGGACUCACUCCACCAAUCUGAUUGGCAGUACAAAGAACAGACAGCUUUGUCUUUAAUUGCCUUUAGCCAAGUUUGAUGACACGUUCCACCAACAUUCCUUAUGUUUCUCAUGUCGUUUUAGUCUGUUAACACUGUUAACAUGUCAUGAAAUGAGGCUUAUUUAGAGAGGCAUGCUUAUAUUUUAUUUCCCUGUAAUUUAUUUUAUCAUGAAAAAUCAUAUGCUGUAAGACAUUUUUACACUGAGAUAUGGCUCUGUAUGAAAGAAAGUUCUUUCCUAAAUAAGCCAUUUUGAAGGUUGACUGGAAUGGGAUCAAUUGCAAUCCAAUGUCUUAAAUAAAUGCACUCGCAUUAAUGUAACUGCACUAUUUAAAUCACUGUCAAACUGAAUUUAAAUAGUGACUUGAUUAGUGUCAUCUACUGAUGUUAACUGUUGUAGCAGUUGCAUAUUGUUUGACAAACCAUAAGGGAUCACUAUUGUUGGAUAGACAAUAAAAUUUGAUAUACUGUUAUUAUAGCUGUGUCAUAAAUGCAUCCAGCUCACAACGACUUGGUACAACAAACUUUAUUGGCACACUUGGCUGUGUACAUGUAUAAAAUACAUCGAGACACACAACCAAUGUUUGCAUCCCUCAAAGAGUUUAACAAGGCUGGG